AUGUUAGGUCAGCUUAGCCAUUGGGGAAUUCCUCCCAGGUGGUGGACGUUCCAGACCAACAACACAAGCAUCCUGGCCUACGCCGAGAGAUCGCGACUGAACUUCCUGCCCACGACCAUCAGUCUGUGCAAUGGAACCAAGGCCAAAAUCGAUUACCUCACAGACGAACAGUUCCGGGAGACCUUCCAAAUGGUACAGCAAGCGUCCGAGGAUGGCACGGGGUUCUGCAUUGAUGAGUAUCCAGAAUACGAAGUGUUUCACGACGAACUUCGCUACGGUGACUUCUUCGGAAUCACGAACCUUGAGACUGGUGAACUCAUGGCAGCGUUCUUGUUGGCAGUGAGUAAAUAUUACCGGGGUUGGAGAGUGGCCGAUUCUUUUAUCAUUGUCAAGAAGUCGGUCCGGCGGCAGCGACUUGGAGAACUAUGCAUGAGGCUAGCAUGUGACUACGCCCAAAAGAUUGGCUAUCUAGGCAUCGCUCAGAAAAGAUUGGGCAUUUCAUGUUCAAAUUCUCUCCGACGAAGAGAAAAAUGGCACGAACAAAUAAAAAAAUUAAAACUUGCAUUCUAUCUAUCUAUCUAUCUAUCUAUCACAAUCUGUUCAUAUCCAUCUAUUUCACUCACUUCAUAUCCAUCCUCAUCAGUGUGUUCAUAUCUAUCUAUCUAUCUAUCUAUCUAUCUAUCUAUCUAUCUGUCUCAGUUUUUAAAUUUCUUCCAACAUUAG